AUGAGUAUACAAAGUAAGCAUGAAGAGAAUUAUAAUCAAGAUCGGGUGAAACCUCAGGAAAAUAUCACAAGCCCAGCCGAAUAUUUCGAGGGUGUUAUAGAUGUUCCAGUUUAUGAUUGGCUUUUCACUUUGGAACAAAUUCAACGGGAAUCACCAUCAAGACGAUUAACAAAUGUAAAGCAAAGAAUUGGAUUUACUGAGGAGUGUCAAAAGCGUGCAAAGGGAAUAGUAUAUUUAUUUGCUUGCAGUAAACAGAUGAAACUUUCUCGAUGUGUAGCCUUGACAGCAUCCAUUCUUUUCCACAGAUUUUAUAUGAAACGAGACUUCACAAAUUAUCACUACUUCGAAAUAGCGGCAACUUGUCUCUUUAUAGCUUCAAAAUCAGAAGAAUGCCGCAGAAAGCUGUCCGAUGUUGUUAAGGUUUGUGCCAGUAUCGCGUUAACCGGGCGUAUGUCUAAUAAGGUGACCGAGGAAUCAAAAAUAUACUGGAAAUGGAAAGACGUCAUUGUUAAUCUUGAGGAAUUGAUUUUGGAAGUUUUGUGUUUUGAUGUGACACCAGUAAACCCAUAUAAGAUUUGUUUUGAUAUUCUUGAUUUAAGUGAGGACGACGACAAUUCAAACGAUGAACAUGAAGACAAAUUGUUUUCCACAUGUACACAUUUUCUGGAGCUUUUAUCAAGGCUUCCUCUUUCGAUUCUCUUUCCAGUGAAUGUUAUCUGUGGUCUUGGAUUGCUGUUAUCAUGUGCAAGUUCCGAAAUACAAUUACCAAGCAAUGCCUUUAAUAAGCUUCAAAUUAGUCGAGAAGAAAUAUGGAGGAGUUAUUGUACAGCAAUGAAGCUUGCACAAAGUUUAGAAAGUUUAAGGCAACCAUUUCCAAUACUUUCACAUAUCCCAAAACUCAACCAUAAAUCUGCAAUGGGGAUUGGCGAGAAUGUUGAUAAGGAUGGUGGUGAUGAAAAUUAG